UCAUCGCGAAUGCCUGUCAACAGAGCGAUGACGUCAUUAGUGUAGCAACCGCUGCCUGGAACACAUCAAUCAUUGCACGGUGAAACAACGAAAACGCAGUAACCCUCUCUGAUUCUGAUUGAACGAUUCCAGGACAUUCGCCAUUUCGAUUCUUUGUUUUUUGCCGUAGCCCGUCGUGGAGAGUAUCAAAUUAGGUAUUGUGAGCCGAUGGUGACGUAGCGAUGGGUUGUUGCGGAGGACCCCCUGUGCCUCCGGGGACACGGAUCCAACCGGUCAGGACCAAUGGCUCCACCGUAGACGUAAGUUUAAACGGACAGCCCGACAUCCAGGAGGAAGAUGACUUUGACGGGCCACUGAACGACCGAUCUUGCCGCGAUGUUGUGUUCCUCAUUCUCCUUAUUGCAUGCCUUGGAGGGAUGGGUUACGUCGGCUACCUGGGUGUUAUGUCCGGGAACCCUAACAGGCUUUUGUUCGGAGUUGAUAGCUGGGGUAAUGUUUGCAACCAGCCAAACACCCCGAUUCCAAACGCCACGAACAGUGGGAAGGACAUGACAGGGCUGAUGAACACAUUCUACUACUCCUUCCCUUCGCCAAUCGACCCUCUGGUGAGUCAGAUAGUCCAGACAGACAACACGGUCAUGUGCGUGCGGACAUGCCCUGGCAACUCGACCAUGUUGACUCCAGCCGACUACGCCGACUUUGCCACCACUUCCAACUCUCGUGUCUGCUUCUAUGACCUUGACCCUUCGCAGUACAGCCUCGCUUCCAUUUCAAGCGGGCAGUGUCCGACACCUCCUGUCCUGCCACAUGUCUCUGUCUUGAACCGCUGCGUUCCGAAGAAUAGAAUCGACGCGGCCGCAGCUGUCGCCGGGGCUGUCACAAGUAUCCUCGAUACAAUCGACAACGAUUUCACCGAUAAAUUCGUGCAAGACGUUGAGACUGGUUGGAAAGAGGUGUGCUACCUCGCCGCCAUAUCGUCGGGUGUUGCGCUCUUCAUAGUUGUGGUGAUGAGAUUCAUCGCCGCUAUCCUGAUCUGGACCAUGUACGUCCUGCUCAUCCUGGCCUGUCUUGGAGGCAUGGGUUACUGCUGGUACAAUUGGUACACAAUCCAAUACGCUGAAGUAGUCGUCCAAGAAACCGCCAAAACGUGGUUAGCCUAUGCCGCAAUUGCGACGGCUGUUGGUCUGGUCAUAUUACUGAUCCUGCUCAUUAUGCGCAAACGUCUUGCCCUGGUUGUCCAGCUCUUCCGCGAGGCGGGUAACGCACUCGGAAAGAUGCCUCUCUUGCUAAUUCAGCCUCUUUGGACCUUCCUUUCAUUUGCGGCAAUAAUGGGUGGCAUCGGGUAUAUCUUCCUCUACGUCCUCACAUCGAGUCAGCCAGUCGUCAGCCAAACAGGAAAGGUGACAUUCAAAGACGAUGAAUUAUUAUUUUACCUGAAAUGGUAUUUCAUCUUCGGCGCCCUGUGGGUGAUGAACUUUAUCUUGGCUUGCCAAGAAGUUGUGAUAGCAGGAGCUGUAGCAACCUGGUACUUCACAAGGGACAAGAAGAACAAGCUCGGCUGGCCCAUUGCUCGCUCAACAGGUCGACUCAUCCGCUACCAUCUCGGCUCUGUAGCCUUUGGAUCCUUCAUCAUCGCGGUGGUGAUGCUCGCCAGGCUCAUCCUGGCGUACAUACAAAAGAAGUUGCAUGGACGAGGUGGUCCAAUUGUACAGUUUCUGCUGAAAUGUCUCCAGUGUUGUUUGUGGUGUUUUGAGAAAUUCCUCAAGUUUCUCAAUAGGAAUGCCUACAUCGAAAUCGCAAUCUACGGAUAUAAUUUCUGCAAAGCAGCUGCCAAAGCAUUCUCGUUGAUUGUGAGCAACGCAUUACGCGUGGCUGCGAUCAACUCGGUGGGCGAUUUCGUGCUUUUAAUGGGUAAACUGAUGGUGGUCGCCAUCACCAUCUGCAUAGGAUUCGUACUGGUCAAGGACAACCAGGAAUUGAACUACGUGUGGGUUCCUCUGCUUCUUGGCGGGCUCGCAUCGUUUGUGAUUUCACACUGCUUCCUCUCGGUCUACGAGAUGUGUAUCGACACGAUCUUCCUGUGUUUCUGUGAAGAUUCGGAGAGGAAUGACGGCAUCACCAAACCAUAUUACAUGAGCAAGAACCUGAUGACAUUUGUAGAGAACAGCAGAAAAGCAAUCGAAGCUCGGGAAAAGUACGACGCUGCAAACAAGGCUGUCCGGCGUGGGUCCGAGGCUUAGUAUAGACAAUCAUGGUGUUCAUCCGCCCUAAAACUAUUGUGAUAUGAGCUGUAUAAUAUAUGAGUUGCUCUUUCAUUGCUGCUGAUAUUGAAAUCAUGUAAAGUUUAAUGUUAAAUUAUGAUAAAUUUCCGUCCAAGAACUGCAGUUUGUAUUUAGAAAAUCUACGAAAACUGCUGACAAUGUAAUAAACAAUAUUUUUCAGAUAUUUUUUAUUCAUGCGAUAAUCUUGAAAAAUCUUGCCCUAUUUUGAUUAUGUGACAUAAUCUUACAUUC